AAGCAAUACUAAUACCAGCAAAUAAAAAAAAAAAAAAGAGAGUAUUUUUCACUGUAAAUGACGCGUUUCAAUGGCGGCUUCACAUUCAUAUUAUCCAACCUUUGUUUCUAAUUUCUCAAUCUCAACACACCGCUUUUUUUCCCAAAUUCACACACCCAUGUUCUCCUUUUGCUUCUUCUUCUUCUUCAUCACAUCCUUCUCUCUCUUCGUCUUCUUCGCCAUCUACGGAAAAUCCAACCGAAAAACAGAGCAAGUUCAGCAACAACCGACCCACCAGACCCAGACCCAAACGCAGACCGAGAGCGACCCGUCGGGUAAAGCACACGAAAACGACUCGGCCCAUUUGACCCGUUCUCUGCUUCUGGAGAUUUUGCCCUCCGAUUCUCCCAAAUGGGAGACCCUGUUCAAGAGCGGAACGGGCAACCAGGAUUCGGAUUCUUCCGGGUCGGGUUUUAUGGAGGAAAGGGAUGGGGCGGGUGGUGGGGAUCAGAGAGCAUAUAAGAAGAAGAAAAAGAGGAACAAGAAGAAGAGCGCGAACCCCAAAGGCGAAGAGGGAAAUUCGGGUCCGGGUUGUCAGGGCAAGGAGGAGCUGGUUUGUUUGUACCCGUUUACAUCGUCAAGUAGUUUGACGCAGAGGAAGAUCAAGCAACAGUAUGAUGAGCUCAUGAAGUGUCACCAUUCCAAGGGAUUGACACUUGCUCAGGUCGGACAGUUUGCUAAUUGUUUGGUGGAGGCUAAAAAUGAGUUACAGCACAAGGCUGAUGUCAUCCAGCGCAAGUUCACAAUAACAAAGGCUCUACUGUUCAAGGCCGACAGGUCUUCCUUUGAUCGUCUUCGUCAACAGAUAUAUAAACUGGAAUUAGAACAAAAGAGACUGGAAGAGGAUGCCUUUGUUUAUAAUUGGCUCCAACAACAACUUAAACUUUCACCAGCAUACAAGAAGAUGCUUGAAAUUGGCACUAGCAUGGAGAUGAAAGCCAAAUCGGGAGAGUUGAUGGAGAGCUCGGAUACAGAAUAUUCGGGCAUUUCUUUCGAAGAGUUGCUUGCACAAGAAAAGAAAGAUUCAUUCUGGCAGAGAAAUGGGAAAUUGAGACCAUGCUCAAGCUGAUCUAGAGUGACUUGCUAAUCAUACUCAUCGUUUUUAGUUCAGCACAUUUUUUUUUCCAUGGAAGAUAAUUUAUUGUUCCAAUGCUGAAAGUUGUGUACCCAGUUUUGCUGAAUUCGGGCCUUCUGCUAAUUCGACUCCGAGUUGGUUGAACUCUUCAUAUGCUCUCCCAGAAUUUCAUAGUUCGGUUACAUUGCCUAACCAUGUAUCGGGUUCAUUCGAGGUUGAGAGCAGCUAUUUCAUAAUGCAGAAACUCUACUAAAUCCAAGCUUCAGUGCGUGGAGUACCGCAGUGUUCUUCCUCUCUGGAGGAUAGAUUAAUGGGUUUUGGACUUUUUGAGCGAUUAACUUGACAAUUUACAGUGCAUAGAAGGCUCAGAUGCAUUUCUUUGUUCCCUGUUUCUUGGGUUGAGUUUUGGACUUCCAAAAAGUUAUAUAACCUAAUUUUCUAGAUAUGUUGACUGAAUACUAGUUUUUUAUGUAAAAGUUAUACAUCAAAUGAAGAUAUACCAGUUAUCGAAGAAGAAGGAAAAAAAAAUGUCG